GGGCGGGGCCGCGGGGUGAGCACCGCCCGAGGGAGGUGCUGGGGGCGGAAGCGGCACGCGGUGUGCGCCCUGCGCGCCUCGGCUUCUUUCCGCCCGGCUCUUCCAGAGGCCCGGCGACUUCCUGGGCUGGGAAGCCAACCGAGGCCAAUCUCAAACUGGAGCUCAACUUUUAGAAGAGAGACGCCCCAGCAAGCCUCUUUCGGGGAGCCCUAUAGCUCCUCACCUCCAUGGGCGAGACAGCCCUGGCGGGGGACAGCAGCAGCACCCCCACCCCACAGGCCCUGUACCCUGACGUCUCCUGUCCCGAGGGCUUGGAAGAGCUGCUGUCUGCACACCCUCCUGAACGGGGGGCCCAACGACGCCACGGUUGGAACCCCAUAGACUGUUCAGAGAACAUCGAAGUCAAGGAAGGAGGGUUGUACUUUGAGCGGAGGCCCAUGUCCCAGAGCACUGAUGGUGUCCGGGGUAAGAGGGGCUAUUCAAGAGGCCUGCACGCCUGGGAGAUCAGCUGGCCCCUAGAGCAGAGGGGCCCGUAUGCCGUGGUGGGCGUGGCCACGGCCCGCGCCCCGCUGCCGACUAAGCACUACGCGGCGCUGCUGGGCAGCAACAGCGAGUCGUGGGGCUGGGACAUCGGGCGGGGGAAGCUGUACCAUCAGACCAAGGGGCCCGGAGCGCCCCAGUAUCCAGCGGGAACUUAGGGUGAGCAGCCGGAGGUGCCAGAGAGACUGCUGUUGCUUCUGGACAUGGAGGAGGGAACUCUGGGCUACGCUAUUGGGAGCACCUACCUGGGGACAGCCUUCCGCGGACUGAAGGGCAGGACCCUCUAUCCGGCAGUAAGCGCUGUCUGGGGCCAGUGCCAGGUCCGCAUCCGCUACCUGGGCGAAAGGAGAGCGGAGCCACACUGUCUUCUGCACCUGAGCCACCUGUGUGUGCGCCACACCCUGGGGGAUACCCGGCUCGGCCAGGUAUCUGCCCUGCUUCCCCCUGCCAUGAAGCGCUGCCUGCUCUACCAGUGAGCCCUGUGAUACCACAGACUGUGCUGAGGCCUUGCCACCACCCCUCCCCUUGGGAAGGUGGGGAGGCACUGCUGGCCUAGACCAGCUAUUGAAAGCUGGUGAGGCUGGGCCCCUACCCCAACCCAAGCUCUGAGGAAAUCAACAGCCCCAGAGCCACUCAGAGGAAGAGAGGGAGCCGGCAUUCAAGGCUAUGACAGUUUGCUACGCAAAACGUUUUUUUCUAGUAAAAACAGUAAGAGGUACUAUUAUA